UAGCAGCAAGCGCACAGAACUGAAAACACACAGAACAAUGCUCAAGUUCCAGGUCCACUCUCCGGGCAAGGUUAUCCUCCAUGGUGAACAUGCGGUGGUGUACCAGCGUCCGGCCCUCGCCGCCGUCGUUGGAUUGGGCACCACCUUAAAAUUCCGUCAGCAGGCGGGCAGCCAGGUGGCCAGCUUCCAGUUGGAGGCACUGAACUGCACUCUGGAGAUCCAGUUGGCGGAGUUCAAUGCCUUCCUGGCCGACUUCCGCAGCAAAAACCCAGCAGACAGCAAUGCAAAGCUACUGGAGGCGGUGCGCGCGGAGGUAGCCCAGCAGCUGGAGCGAUCGGUGGGCAGCAACCCCAAGCAACACACCCAGCGGGCCUUCGUCUCCAUCUAUUACCUGCUUGCCGGCGCCGUACUCUCCUCCCCCACCGAUCCACAGAUGACGCUUCAAACCGGUUUCCAGGUGCAGGUAGACAGCGGAUUGAACGUGGGCGCCGGCCUGGGUAGCUCGGCUUCGUUUGGCGCCGCUUUGGCCACGACGUUCCUUAUUUUGGCAGGCCACUUCGAUCGGGAGAGCUAUCUGCAGGACGAAAACCAAGCGCUAAUCUCCACGUGGGCAUUCGAGUCGGAGCGCGUUAAUCAUGGCAAUCCCUCUGGACUGGACAACACCGUGUGCACCUACGGUGGAAUGCUGCGGUACGUCAAGGGCCAAGGCUUUCAGUCGCUGAAAAUCCAGAAACCGCUGAGUAUCCUACUGGUAGACAGUCGUGUCAGCCGCAGCACGGCGGAUAUAGUGGCCAAGGUGCGUCACCUCGCCGAAGGCUUCCCGCAGCUGAUCGAGGCGAUUUGGCAGGCCUGCGAGGAGCUGGUGACUGCUGCAGUUCCACUCUACGAGAGCUUCGGCAACGCGCAGGACGACAGCGCCAAGUUCGAGAAGCUGGAGCGGCUGUUCCAGAUCAACAACGACUUGCUUAAAGCCAUCGGGGUGUCCCACCCGAAGCUUGAGCAGAUCUUCACCAUUGCCUUCAAGCGAGGAUUCUUUUCGAAGCUCACUGGCGCCGGAGCCGGUGGCUAUGUAAUUGUCCUGCUGCCAGAGAACUACGAGCAGAACGAGGUGUACUGGAAGCUCAAGGAGGAGCUAGAGUCGGCGGGCUUUGGGGUGCAUGUUACGACGGCCGGCGGCGUGGGAUUGCGCGUUAGUUCGCUGGAUGACUGAUGCACUUUCUCCUCUACCCUUUUGUAUUGCUAUUGUAUGUAUUUGUGGUUUUGUUAUAACUUAAAAAUAAAGAUUUACACAUGUAUUUUGUACGGCAA